ACGGGAUACCUGUGUUCUUCGUCUCGUGUAGGUUAGGGUUUAGUGUUCGCCGGUUGUAGCUUUUGUACGCUCUUUUAAUACCGUAGAUUACCUUCGUCGGCCAAAUAAGAAUUAAAGAAUCUACCUAUACGUCCAGUUUGACCAACCGCACAAAAUAAUUGUAUAUUUCCCCCCUGAGUAACGUAAGCCGGUACCACGCCGUGUCGUUCACCUCCAGUCAAAAUUACUUUUUUUUUUUUAAUCCGUACGCUCUGUGAUUUACCGUACCAACGAAUAUUGCGUCCUUCUCAAAUAAAGACAAUUUUUCGAGUAUAUAUACAUGUUGAAGCUUCCUCGUGAUUAGCGUCUUUUAUACGGACGACUCGAUGUUAACGAGAAAAGUACUUGCUCGAUCGUAAUCGCGAAUAAUACGAGUGUCGUGAGAAACGGUGGGCGUUUGCGAUUCGAGGAUAAAGAUCGGGAAGGAUUUAAAGGAGCACAGUGAAAAAUGGGAUGCAACACGAGCAAGGAGAGCGUGCAGCCAGUCGGGGAUGAAGCCAAGGAGGAUGCUAAGAACGGUGAUAUUCCAAAGGCAUCCGAAGGCAGCUCAGCGAAAGUAGAAUCUCAAGAGGCGUCACAGGGAAAGACAGAAGAGAAGGAUUCAAAGGAGGACAAGAAGGAAGAGAAAGUAGCGGAGAAAGAAAGAGAGGAGGCCGCGACUAGGAUACAAGCGGCAUUCCGCGGUCAUCACGCUAGGAAGAGUAUGAAAGAGACUGAAUCAUCGACAAAGCAGACGGGGACCAAAUCAGACUCAGAACCAACGGAAGAACAACUUCAACAAGAGUUCCGUGCCGACGACAAGGAGCUUUGCGAGGCAGCGACGAAAAUCCAGGCAUCCUUCCGAGGCCACAUGUCGAGAAAGGAGCAGGCUGCUGGUAUCGUCAAAUCGGCUGAGAACGCCGUUGAUGAUAUCGCGUCGAAAAUGGACGAAAAGGCAAAGGAAGCUGCGAACGAGCUAGAGGGCAUCGACCUUACGGAUCCGGAUCUGCACAAAGCGGCGACAAAAAUCCAAGCGAGCUUCCGGGGUCACAAGGUACGCCAGGAAGUAUUAUCGACUCCUGGCCAGAACGAGGAGGUGGCCAAGAAAUAAAUAAAAUCAGACAUAAGUGCUGAUCAUUCGAAAUCGAAUUGUCGAUAUGCCUGAAAACAACCAAGAAUCAAUAACAGAGCAAAUCCGGGGAUUCGUGUUUACUUUAUCGUUUGUCCUCGACACGAAACCCUUUUCACUGAUCCCUCAACAAUUUCAUUAUGUUCUCGACACCUGAAUUUGAAGGUAUACCUUUUAAAAUCGAUAAACGUGGACAGGUAUUGAUUAUUCGCAAAUUGCCAUUCCGUCGACGUGGCUCAAACGAAUCGGAAGAAACACUUUGCUCGUUAUGGUGCACUCGACGGAUCACGUAGGGUCUCAAAACCCUUUGAGGUCGAUCAACCUCGUACAUUCAACAGAUUUCUUGAUACUAAAUUUCGAAAGUGUAGAUAAUUUAGCUUAAGUGCAUGUUUAAGUAGAAACAAUAAUUUUACCCUAGUCGAACUGCCAUGUAACGAGUAUGCGUUUCACAUCUAGUCUAUUGAUUUUAUUAAUUGAUUGAUUGAUUGAUUGAAAAGUGUACAUUGUUUUUAGCAGGCCUAAAAACGUUGAGUCGCUUUUUAUCCUGUUAUUGAUCUGCUCGGCACCAGCGUUCUUGUUUAUUUGUAUAUAAAAAUUAAAUUACGUUGCUUGGAAUAAUUGGCAAAUAUUUAAUAUAACUUUUGACAUUCGAAAUAUUUACAUUUCCAAUAUUUUGAUAUCUUUCUUUAUUAAUCAUGUAAUUUGUCAUUCCAGAAGAAAAUAUUUAGAGCGUUGUUUCAAAGGAAUUAAUAAUAUUUCUUUAUCAGAAACACACCAGAUGUGUCGUUAACUGUUAUUAUCAUUUGGUAAUUAUUGAACAUCCCUUACAGUGCUGAGUUGAUCAUCAUAAUACUGAAUUAUUAUCUUCUUAUCAGUCUUCAGUUUUACUUGUUUAUCCUGUAAAUAAUUUCAUACAACAAUCAAACAAUGAAAGAAAGUUGCAAAAUAAUCUAAAGUCUCUUUUAAUAUAUAAAAAUGAAGCACAGUAACAAUUGCUGAUAUUUUUCAAACAAAAGUCAUUCAUAUGAUUGAAAUGAUUGUGUAAGGAAGUGGUAGAUGAAAUUUACACUUCACUGAACCAUGGGCAAACUGAAAUUCCAUUGUACAGUAUGGGUUGUAAAAGAAAAAUCGAAAAUAUCGUUCAGUAAUGAAUUGGGGAAUAACGAGUAAUUCUUUUAUAUCAUUCAUUAUUCGUUAUUGUAUGCCCAAUUCUCUCAGUGACUUAUACAUAUAUACAGUAUAUUCAAUCUUGGAGGACAUGAAUCUCUCGAAUACAAUUUCUAUAUUCUCUCUGUUCCUGUGAUUUUAAUUUUAACACCGAGUGUUGCCAUGAUGACGAUGAUCAAAUUUCAACCACGUUUUUUCCAACGCUAUUCUUACAAAUAUUUCUCGCAUUUUUCACAUUACCUCCUAGGAUACCGCUUGUAGAAAAGCUGAAAAAAAUUGUAUUUCUAUCGUUGAAAAUGUCUAUGGGAAUUCAGCGUGAAAUCCACAAAGGAGAUUAACUCGAAAGCCGAUUCACACUGCGACUCCAAUAUAUCGGCAAAAAUAAAAUAUAAAAAAAGAAUCUAAUAUAUUAAUGAAUCUAUUUAUAAUAUCAUAUUCCUUGUUAUAAUAAUAUUUAUAUGCUACACCACCUAAGAGGCUCUUGUAUGAAUAUUAUUAUAAUCUAUAUUAAUGCUACUAAUAUUGUAUUUAUAUUAUAUGUGUAUAAUAAUAUUAAUAUUGUCAUGAUCUCUGUCAAUGAUACAAAUAAGAUAACUACAUUUUAUCAUAGUGAGGAUCGGCUUUGUAUUUUCACGAAAAAUAUUACUGUUUAUUUGAAGGUGGGGCAUCUCAAAUGAAAAUUAUGUUUCCAAGGAUUUUUCUUGGAAGUAAAUACAAGGAAAGGGAUGAUUUUUUAAUUGCUGUGAGCAAAAUUAUUGUCCGAACAAUUAUAGUAUUAUAAAAUAUAUUGAAGCUUCCGUAGUUGCAAAUAUUUCCCUUCGCUACUUACGGUUAGCGAUUAUAAAAAUGAAAGAAGAUUAUUGUAAUAAAUUAUAGGCAUUUUCUUCGGUACUGGAAGUUACACACAAAGAUUUAGAUUAGUAACGCACAAGAUGUUGCGGUAAAUUGUACUCUAAGGAUGUAACAAACGAUUGUAACAUUUAAACGAGCAGCAUCGUAUAUAUAUGUACUCUGUUUGGUUAAAAUAAAUACCCUUUAAGUGUAUAAAACA